AUGUCAUCACGGUUGCGCGCUGCCAUUUUGGAGGUUCAGUGCGCGGGAAUGACCAGCAAACAUCGAAAAAUAAUUCUGAAAAAAAUCUAUCCAAUAAAAUCCUUCACAUAAAAACUGUACGAAUGCCACUGUAACCUCGUGAAUGUAUAAGCCUUUGUGAGUAUGUGAAAAAAGAGUGGAUGACCCCAAAUAAAUAGCCGACACUGGCGAAAUGAAAGUGAAAUGGCAAAAACACGAAGAUCUCACAAGGAGUAAGACAGCGAAUCGAUGUAAAACGUGGGAGAAGGAGGUGCCCUCAGGAAUCAACGACCUGGAGUAGAUGAUUCAUCCCAGGGCCGAGUGUUGAACCGGUGAAACUGGGUCUACGACCCACCGCCGCACGCUAAAUCAUAUCCAUUUUAUUGUCAACAAGUGUUCAAGGACUUGACCGAGCAUUAGCAUAAAAAUCGGCAUUCUCCGAAUGCUCCAAAAUUCACUCCAAACCGAAUUUUCAUUUUCCACCUCCACUCGCUGCUAAACCAUUAAUCAAAAAAAUAUGGUAUCGAUAAUUGUUUACAAAUAUGAAUAAUUGAUUGAGCAAAUCAUGACCACUUCGUCAUUAAUAAUAAUUGCAACAAAUUUGGAGCGCCUCGUGAUACGCAGCCACGAUAAAAAUCACAAACAAUAAAUAUUAUUCGUUUAUUAUCUCUAGAGAAACUCGAUACUCAUCUCGUACGAUUUUACCUCGAUUGGUGGGAUAGCAACAGCCGACGGUUCGAGAAAGAAGAAACAAAGCAAUCAAGUGAAAAAAAAAAGCGAGCGACACACGCCACUUCAUCCGUCCUUGUCCCUUAUAAUUGAAGCAUUGGAGAUGAAAACUUUCUCGCUCUGGAAGAUAGCGACGUCGUGAUGACAGACGGGGGAUUCCUCGAUUGGUGUUUGGAGCUGGUGAUAUUGCCCCUCUCCUCGCACAACAUCCCGCAGAAAUUCAGACGAUUCAGGCCUCUGCAGGCAGGUGGUAACAACCCCCCUUCUCCUUGUUGUGAUCCCCUUAUUCCUCGAGGGGAUUAAAAUAGGUCAGGGAACGGCUGAUCCAACAAGUGCAUAAGAAAUCUCAAUUAUUUCACUCGUUCGAAAAUCAUCUCGAAAAUCUUCGCAUAAAUCUAUUUCCAUUUAUUCGAAUUUCUCCCAUUAAUUUCCAAUGCACUAUUAUUAUUAUUGUUGUAUUAUUUAUUCAUUAUUGGUAUUUUUUUUAAUUAUUUGGACGAUUCAAAUUGGAAAAGUGGGGAAUGAAGAGGUAAAAUUGAAUUUAUUGGGGGAAUUUAGAGAAAGUAAAAUUUGCAAGUAUUGGGAAGAUCCGAAUUAGAAGGGGAAAAAUGGGAAUAUUUUGAAGGGCACCGCGGAGCGACGAUGCCCCCACUGCCGAUGAAAACUUGGUCCACCCCCACCACAGCUUCAAGAUGAACUGAACGUGUCUGAACACGUUCACUGCACGUUGUUUCACGCGAGCAUUCGGACGCUCACUGCGAGACUCCUCGUAUCCCAAUCAUUACAACUUGUUGAUUAUCAACAGAUCAAGUGUGAGAAAAUUUAUUGUACAACAGUGGUGAUUAACGCAAAUGCGAUCGCUGGUAGAUGAGAAAAAAAUUCGCGCCUGGUCCGACAUACAUAGAAUACUUUACUGCAGGGGAGAUCCACUUGUCAAGGAUGGAGAGUAGUUCCAGGAGAUUUUUCAGGAUGGUGAACUCACAACUAAUUCAAUUGAUGAUGCUCAUGGCGAUAAUGGCUCUGGGAGCUGCCACGGAGACUCCUUGCGAGGACGAUGGGGACUGCCCACCCCACCAAUUCUGCUACGAUGUAUCCAAUAUUUGUGUUAAUUACAGUAAUUGUAGUCAAUUUAAUCGGGAAGAGGGUGAGGAGAAGGCUCAGAGCCCUUUGCAAUGCGGAAAAUGUCUCGAAGGAUACGCCAGCAAUACACUAGCCACCGGCGAGGAAGAACCGGUGUGCAAGAGGAAAAUUCAACUGCCUGUUGAUCCCCCAGCCAUGAAUGACACCUCUCAAUGGUGGAUUUGGGUAGCGACUGGAGUAGGGUCUUCAUUUGUCGUAGGCAUCGUUCUUUUAUUACUGCGUAAACGUCUUCCGGAGAGUCACGAGAAGUGGUUCAAGGCCAUGGGGACUUGGAAAUUCACCCCCAGUGCCCCGCCACAAGAAAACGUUUUUGUUACAGCAUAUCGGCUUCAACAACCGUUUUAUACUGAUGAAGAGCCCCCGAUCUACUCAUCAGUUAUCACUACUAAUAAUAAUAAUAAUAUUAAUGCCAAGGAGCGAUUGGUGAAUGCAAUACCGACAACCCCACCUUCUUGGGUGCGGGUUGAUCCAAGUUAUGACGAAGAGGACGGGACAGUCAAUACUUCAGGAUCCACUGCAGUCUCGAUGACCAUCGAGGUGGAGGAGGAGGAAACAACGCCAAGUUCCUGGACCCCCGAAAAUGUUACGGUGGAAGUACCGGUACGACCAUUCCUUCAAUUUGGAACGGAACAGAGGGACAAUGUUUUGAAUUCUGUUCUGGUUCGUGGUGACUGCCGUUCAAAUUCAAGCCCCACACAAGACACCACCCCCGAGCCCUCUCCAGAAUCACGGGAAAGAACACGGGGAGGAAACACCUAUCGAGGGACCAACGUCCAGAUCAACCAAAUGAUUACCCUUAAUAUGGUGAAGAGUGAUAAUUAAAUUAAACCCACACAGUGCCAAAUUGUUAAUAUUUAUCUCGGUUUUCACGGUACCACAAGACUUGCUAUUGCUCAAUUAACCGUGUAAAACUGAGAAUGGGGGGGGAGGGAGGUGGGAUUUUCUCUAGGUAUUUUUAUGGUGGAUGGACCAUGCAAGUCUCAAUGGAUGACUAGUAUUACUUCAGGGAUGCUGGGUGAUACUGCCGACUUUCUUGUUUCACUCGAAUUUCCUCAUUGCAUUUUUUCCUUGGAAUAUUAAAUUCCAGUCAGGAAUAUUUUGUUUGCUCUUUCGAGUUGCAUACUCUAUCUUAUUUUUGUAUGGAUCUUCUGUGGAAUUGUAUGGAAGAGAAUUUAAGAAGUUCAGAGCUAGCCUUACGAACAUAUCUUGUUGCCAUGAUAAUUCAUUGGAAUUAAUUCCCUCUAUUCGUUCGUUAUUUUAAGGUAUAAUUGCUCUGUCGACAUCGAGACAGCUCGAUCUCCUUGUGAUUUUGUUUUUUUUACAUAAAUAAUCGUUUGUAUAAAUUGUUUCUCAAAUUAUUGUAGGAAGCGCAGUUUUUAAGGACUUUUCCUUCCUGAUGCAAUAUUUUGCAGACGAAAUUUCUUUUGGGAUGUUCAACGAUGAAGGGUAGAAUUGUACAAAAUUUUUGUUGCAGUUGAAGAUGAUUUUAGAAUAUUUACAUUCUUAUUUGAAUUUUACAGUGAAAUUUGGGUAAUCACGUAGUGGAACCUUCAUUUGUAGAGCAUCUAAUAUUUUAAUCGUUGGUGAUAAUGGAAGGAAAUGAUUAUCAUUAACUGCAUUAAUUAUACGUGAUCAAUUAUCCAUUAUUGCGAAGAAUCAUUGUAUAUCGCUAGCAUAAUUUAUCUGCACAGUAGUGAAAUUCAUUUUCACGUAUACAUUUGUCAGGAUCAUAGUUGCAUACUUACCUCACGUCACAUAAAACUAAAAUAACUCUUUAUUUAUGAUGAAUCCAGAGGUUAAGGAAAAUUCAAUGGCUAGUCACGUGUCUCCAGUGAAAUUAAAAAUUUAUUUAACAAAAAAAAAACAAUUACCAUUAAAUUAUCAAUGGGUUACUCGUUUAAAAAAAUAUAAAGUUAUAAACGUAAUACUAUUAUUCUUACGGAGACAUGACUUAAAUUAAAUUUUCAAUGGAAUAUGAGUGGCUGGGGCUACGCUAGCUAUCUGGCCCUGUAACAAAACCACUAGGAACUAGAAAAUUACACAAAUGUCUAAAUAAAAAAUACAUUUUUCAACAGUGACUCGGCGCCUAUUGCUUUGCCCCAAUAAUCCAUUCAAUAGGAAACUUGCACGAUACCGAUUAUUGAUUACUGGGAAUUCCUGCUAUUUGGUUAUUUAUCGAGAGAAAAAAUACUGAGCUCCAUGGAAGUUUCCUAUGAAUGACGAAUGUUUCGAAAAUACUCAAGCCAUCGAUUAAUUCCUAUCGUGUUCAGUGGCAUUUGUAUAUAUAUUAUUAGGUGUCUACCCAAUCUCUACAAAAAUAUGGCCUCCAAUUUGACGCCUUGACUCAAUUCCCGAGAUUCCUCGACGGAUUAAUAUGUUACAAUAAAUUUGAUAGGUCCAGUAAAUGAUUCUUGGGCAGUGGCUCGGUAUCCCUAACACUAGUAUCUCUUUAAAACCUUUGGAAGAAACGAAAACAAAAACACGAUACGUCCCAGCGGAUAACUGCUAUAUUUAAUUUGGAUAUUUCUGCUCUGUAAAUAAAUUCUGUGCAUGACUCUUCA